ACAAAGUAAAUAAGGUUGCGAUGUUCAAGCAGCAUUCAGUGAGAGGGCUGCGUAAAAUUUGGAGAGUCGGAAUCCAUUUUUGAGAAUGGACAGUUUUCGUUGGACUUGGGACGUGUCACGGUUCAACGUUUCAAGGAUCACAUAUUUAAAAAUGCUUGACCAUAGACUCGAAUGUGAGGGUCUGAAAUUCUACGGUAAUAAAAUUCGACAUAUAAACUAUCGAAUUUAUGUCUUCUAAUUAAAAAAUUGUUCUGAAGACUCGAUGACUAAAGGACUAAAAUUGAGACCUGCAAAGUCUCAAAGAUUUCAAGUCCCAAAUAGAUACGUUUAAAACGCAAUUAACACUGAAACUAACUCAAUGCCCCGGGUGGACGAGGACGAUGACAGUAUGCGGUGUUUGGGCGGCAGUCGUGCUUCUGCUCAAUGUUUUAAGCUCGAUAACAAAAGCGAAUACGGUGAUCGAUGAGAAGAGAAGGUCCUUUGAGUCGGAAGGAUCUUUGUACUCGUGGACAGGACCCAACGCUUUGGCGAGAUCGGCGUUGGUCGAACGUCAAGAGAAAUUACAAUACAACUGCGAGGAGAUCGUGGGCAACAAAGGGGCUGGGAACGAUGACCUGAAUCCGGAAUCCUUCAGGAAUAUUCUCGUGGACGAACAGCACGAGUUACUUUACUGUUACGUUCCGAAGGUUGCCUGCACCAAUUGGAAACGAGUUUUGAUGGUGGCCACAGGGAAAUGGCCAGGUAGCGACCCGUUGGAAAUACCGGCCGACCAGGCGCAUUCUUCAGCUACCUUUCAGAGGCUGAGCAACUACACCUUGCCCGAGAUCGAGCGGAUGCUGAUGACCUACGACAAAUUGAUAGUCGUCAGACAUCCACUCGAAAGGUUGUUGUCAGCCUACAGGAACAAAUUGGAGGCGAAGCAUGAAAGAAGCUCUAAGUACUUUCAGACUCGGUUCGGCAAGAAAAUAAUUAGGAGAUACAGACAGAAUGCAACCGAAGAAUCUCUGAGAAAAGGAGACGACGUUACGUUUCGAGAAUUCGUGGAGUUCGUUACGGACGAUUCUUCCAACGAAACGAGAAACGAGCACUGGAAACCGAUAUACGAGUUGUGUCAACCAUGUUUAGUUAAUUAUAAUCUUGUUAGCAAGUACGAGAGCUUGGUGGAGGAUGCUACCGAGGUUCUGGAGAGGAUGGGUGUUGAAUCAGUCAGCUUCCCACCCAAGCCGGCAAACAGCGAGCCAACGUCGAAGAAACUGGAGAAAUAUUAUUCAACGUUGACGUACGAGCAGCUCCGGAAGUUAGCCAACUUGUACAAACUAGAUUUAAGACUGUUCGAUUACUCGUUAGAGGAUGUGCUGGGAUUCUCCUUGGCGUGAUCGAAGUCUGCGUAGAAACCAUGAGAAGAAUACGCUUCGAAUCGCGAAUAGAAUAGUUAACAGUUAAAUAGGCUUAAGUAUUUUCAACGGCAACGAUACCAGUCAAGCGAUUUCUCAGUAUGUACACAAUUGUUUGCGUACUUCGUUUUAUACGGCUCUAUACCUAUUGUACUUACACGCGCAGUGAUUAAUUAAGGAACUGACAAUGAGUCACGUCGCUCGUGAUAAAUCGAUUGUACAUUCGUGCGAAGUAUAUUCACCAGGGAGAUUGUUUCUCCCUACAGCGAAAUAGGCUGUUUCACUUGUGCCAAUACAAUGUCUGCGGAUAACUUUGUUUUUUAAGAAAUAUGAUCUUGCAAAAGUUAGGGAGUAUUGUUGAAUGGUUACCCUUUAUGAUCUGGAAUCUUUAGAUCUGAUAGUUUAGGUUUACUACAGUAUCCAUGCCAUAAUUCUGUACCUACUGUACGCGUAACGCGGUGUUAUUAAUCUGAUCAAAUUAACUGACAAUUUUUGUAUUUGAAGUUUUAUUAACGAAAGUUUAAUAAAUGAUAUUGAACAUGAAAA